AUGCUUUCCUUUCUUCUUUAUUUAAACCUCUUCUUGAUGACUACUUCUUGGUGGACAUCUUUCAGUGAUUUCUUUCUUUCUUUCUACUCUUCUUGCAUCAAUCUUUUCUUUCUUCUUUAUUUUCUUCACUUCUUAAUAUAUACUUUUGUAGGGAACAUCUUUCAUUUAGUUAUUUCCUUCUUCUCUUUUUUCUUUUUUAUUUUCUCCUCUGCCCGAUGUAUAUGUUUUGAAGGACUCCAGGUUUUUACUACUUCUUCUAUGCUUGUCAUUUGUUUCUAUUUUCUUCUCUUUAUUUUCAUUUUAUACAUUUUCUCCAAAUUUAUUAUUCAUCUUGAUCAUUUUUUCAGUCUAAAAUUCUUUGUCAUCCACUUUUAUAACUUCUCUCCCUACUGCUGCCUUUCACCCACAUAUUUAUCUAUUUUCUUUUAUUUGUAUUUCUCUUUUUCUUUCUUUCUUUCUUUCUUUCUUUCUUUCUCUUUUGUUUUUCUAUUUUUCUUUCUCUCUCUCUUUUUUCUCUUUCGCUUUUGUAUUUCUCUUUUUCUUUCUUUCUUUCUUUUUGUUUUUCUAUUUUUCUUUCUCUCUCUCUCUUUCUUUUGUCUUUGUUUUUUCUUUUCACUUGUAUUUCUCUUUUUCUUUCUCUCUCAUUUGUAUUUCUCUUUUUCUUUUCUCUCUUUUGUCAUUAUCUUCUUCUUUCUUUCUUUCUUUCUUUCUUUCUUUCUCUUUUGUUUUUCUAUUUUUCUUUCUCUCUCUCUCUCUUUUUUCUCUUUCUCUUUUGCAUUUCUCUUUUUCUUUCUUUCUUUCUUUCUUUUUGUUUUUCUCUUUUUCUUUCUCUCUCUCUCUCUUUUGUCUUUGUUUUUUCUUUUCACUUGUAUUUCUCUUUUUCUUUCUCUCUCAUUUGUAUUUCUCUUUUUCUUUCUCUCUCUUUUGUCAUUAUCUUCUUCUUUCUUUCUUUCUUUCUUUCUUUCUCUUUUGUUUUUCUAUUUUUCUUUCUUGCUCUCUCUUUUGGCUUUCUUCUUUUUCUCUUUUGUUUUUCUCUUUUCUCUCUCUGUUUUGUCUUUUUCUUUUUCUCUCUCUCUCUUUUGUCUUUCUCUUUUUCUUUCUUUCUCUUACUUUUUUCUUUCUCUCUCUUAUUUCUUUCUCUUUUAUUUUUCUCUCUUUCUCUUUUGUCUCUCUCAUUUUCCAUCUCUCACUUUUUUCUCUUUUAUCUUUUUUUCUCUCUCUUUUGUCUUUCAAUCUAAGUGUUGA